GACUUUUUGCAUUGCAUUGAUUUUUACGCCGUGCUUGCUUUAUCGAUCUAGUUUAAUUAAGUUCAAAAAUGUUCUGUGCGCUUCUGCUCGUCUGCUCAGAGUUUCCGUUUAGUGUUUUCUAACGUUGGGAUCCAUAUAUGCUUGAUAUGGGAUAUGUUCGUUGAUGUAUUGUUGCAUUAGGUGCGCAUUCACUGAUUUCGAUUUCGAAAUGGCCAAGAACAGCUUUAAGACUUUAAUCAGCCAGAAACACAAGACGUUUCCGGCGGACCUGAAUAUGUACGGCAUGAAGUGUAAAUCGCAACUGUUGGAGGAUCAGGAGAACGUGACCCUGAUCAUCAACCGGCGGAACUCGAUCCGCCAGAAGCCUAAGAGCUGGACGUGGGCCCUGCUGCGAUGCAGGUGGCAAAAGAAGCUAGUUCUGUUGUUAAUAUUUAUUUGUAUGUGCGUUCUGAUUGUUUUCGCCAAUACGCAUCUCUUGGUUCGCGGCAACAUCCUUUCGGCCUUCCUCUCGAGCCGUCUUAAUAAGCUCUCGCAUGCGGAGAAACAGGAGGCGGGGCGAUAUCCGGACGUCCAGGCCACGACCCCGGCAGUUCCGCCGGUGCUGCGGCCAACGCACUAUCUGCUUAACUACUCCUCCACCCAGCUGGAGCUGGGCUCGCACCUGAAUGGCUUCUCCUCGAACUACAACAUAUUCGUCAUCUACACCCGGGAGAACUACCACCUGAACCUUAAGUUCGAUCUUUUCGCCCACAGCCUGCUGAAGCACACCAGUGCCCAGCUGCAUCUGCACGUGAUCACGGACAGCGAGAGCCAAGCCUCGGUGCUGGAGAUCCUGCAGCGGCAGAUCCGGAGGUUCCGGCGCACGGUGAUCUACACCAUAUACGACGUGAAAGUCUGCUCCAGCAUAAUACAGGACAUAGCCGCCAAGCUGUCGCCGUACUUCAGCUCAGCCCCGAACUCGUACUACAGCGACUCGCUGUUCUUCCUGUCCCUGGGCCUGCAUAGGAUCGCCGACAGGAGCCUGAACAGAGCCAUUCUGCUAGAUUGUGAUAUAGUCUUCCGCUCCGACGUCCGACUGCUGUUCAACGAGUUCGACAACUUUCUGCCGCACCAGCUCUACGGACUCGCGCCGGAACUGACCCCCGUCUACCGCCACAUCCUGUACCGCUACCGGGUGAGGUACCCGAAGACCAGUUUUGGCAACCCCUACUAUCCGAUGAACAACGAACUGGGCAACCAACAUAGUCAUACCCAUCACGGUUACCCUGGCCUAAAUUCCGGCGUGGUCCUGCUGCUCCUGAACCGCAUCCGGAACUCGAAGUCCUAUCUGGAGAAACUGCUCCAUUCGGAGGUGAACACCCUGGUCGCCAAGUACUCGUUCAAGGGGCAUCUGGGGGACCAGGACUUCUUCACGCUCCUGGGCUACGAGUACCCAAACUUGAUCUAUAGACUGGACUGCAUUUGGAACCGACAGCUGUGCACCUGGUGGAAGGAUCACGGAUAUUCUGACAUUUUUGAUGCAUAUUUCCGGUGCGAGGGCAAUAUUAAAAUGUAUCAUGGCAACUGCAAUACGCGAAUUCCAGAAUAAAUAAAUUGUUAUAGUAAUAUUAAAAUAA